CGGUAGAUGGGGGUUUUUGUAUUUUCUGCUCAUCUUUUUUCUCCUCUUUUUUCGAGCUCCCUAAGCCUAUACUAUCCAACACACUCGCAGGACGUUUUUGGGAUUUUUUCUCUUCCUUUUUAUUGCUCUCCAACCCUGCACUACUUGAAACCGAUGAUUUUUGUGUACUAUUUUCUUUAGGUUUCUUCUCAUCCUUUCUUGAUAAAUCUACAGCACUAGGAGUAAUAGAGUCUGGAGGUUUUUGUGUAGUACUAAUUUGCUCUUUUUCAGGUUUUAGUGAUGGAGUUUUAUUAUCUUCCUUGUACCUUGGAGGAGACUUUAAUUCCUCUCUAGGAGUCGGAGGUGAUGGUUUAGUUUUCUGCUUCUCUUCCUCCUUUUUACCUAAUCCUAAAGUAGUCAAAACACCUGAUGGUUUUUCCUGCUCCUUUUUAUCCUUCUUGUCUAGCCCUAUAGAACUCAAAACACUUGAAGGAGGCUUUUGAGUUGUCGAUUUAUCUUGCUCUUUUUUCCCUUCCUUCUUAUUUAACCCUAUGGAACUCAAAGCACUUGAAGGACGUGUUUGAGAUGUUGGCUUAUCUUGCUCCUUUUUCUCUUCCUUUUUAGCUAUUCCAUUAGUACUCGGGAGGUUAGAAGAUGGCUUUUGAGUCGGAGGUUUUUCUUGUUCCUUCUUAUUUUC